AUGAAGGAUGAUGAUACAAAUCAGAACAUGAAUCGCACCUUACUCCAAGGGGUCCGAGUAAUAGAGUUGGCUGGUCUUGCACCAGUUCCGCAUUGUGGGAUGGUACUAGCUGACUUCGGAGCAAAUGUCACUUUAAUCCAGAAGCCUGAUCAAGGUGAUGUAGUGGUGGAGCAGCGCUUGGCGGACAAGAAGACAAUCCAGGGUUUGGACUUGAAAUCACCGGAAGAUCGUGCCAAAUUGAAGCAACUCUGCAAAGAAAGCGAUGUUUUGUUAGACCCAUAUAGGCCAGGAGUUUUGGAAAAGAUGGGUCUGGAUCCUAUCGACCUUCUAGAGGAGAACAAGGGACUGGUGGUGUGUAGACUCACAGGAUAUGGACAAACUGGACCACUAUCACAAGAAGCUGGUCACGAUAUCAAUUAUGUUGCGAUUACGGGUCUGAUGCCAACAAUAUCUGGCCACAGUUGUCAUCGUCCCUGGCCGCCAGUAAACAUGCUGGCUGACUUUGCUGGAGGAGGACUUACAGCAGCUUUUGGGAUAGUGGCUGCGCUGCUAAAGAGAGAAAAGAAUGGUGGUCAUGGCUGUGUGAUCGAUUGUUCUAUGUCAGAAGGUCUUUCCUACUUGGCUUCAUUUGUUCAUCGCUACUAUGAUAUGACGCAUUUGUGGACGGAUAAAUACGCAGCGUUUUCGGGAGACUGUCCCAUAUAUAGAACUUAUGCGACCAAAGAUAGAAAAUGGAUGGCCGUUGGUGCUCUCGAACCGAAGUUCAACCAGAACUUAUUUAAAGUACUCGGCAUUGAUAAGAGUAUCGCGGACGUGUAUGCAAAUCCCGCUGAGAUAAUCGCUGAAAUGGAACGAAUAUUCAAAAGCAAAACUCGCGAUGAAUGGACAGAACUCUUUCGAGGGAAAAAUGCAUGUGUGACUCCUGUUUUGGACAUCGAGGAAGCCGCUCAGUUCGAGCAUAAUUUGGAGCGAAAGAAUUUUUCCGGAGAGGGUGACAAAAAGUUUCCCAAUCCUGCACCACGAAUUUACAGUAAGGAAGACUACAAAAAGCUCAAAAGCAAGAUCUAACUUAUAAUGAGUGAUUGCAUGAAGAAAAUAU